UACUCUGGAAGAACGCAUAUACUUACAUAAAUAUAAGUAUGUGUGUGUAUACACACAUAUAAUGAAAGAUAUGUGAUAAAGAAAGACUCAGGAAACAGAUUGUUGUAUCGCAGAAAAUAACUCAAGAAUAAAACUGAGUGAGAAAGAAUGUGCAUAAGCAUACAAGCAAACGAAAACAAAAAUGAGUCAAGAUAAUGAAGUAUGCGAAUGAAUAACAUUAUCAAAAAAAAUGAAAAUAGUAAAUAUGGGCAGGAAAGUAAGAAAGAGAAACUAUACAAUGUUCUGUAACGUAUAAAAAAGAGAAAAAAAAAGUAAAAUAGUAAAAUAAAAGGAGAAAGAAAGUAUAUGUGUGAGAAGGAGAUACUUAGGGAGACAGGAAAGAAAAGAGAGAACAAGAAGGAUUCAAUGAAUAAGUACUACCAAGUGACUGUAAUAAAGAGAGGAAGAAUAUUUAACAUUCCUCGCUAAAUUAUUGGUAUACCAAUCUAAGAGUUUAACGACAAUGAGGGAUAAAAUUGUGGAUUGGCCAAGUGGUCCACUAGAUUCUUAUAGGAAAUGUGCAACGUUUGAUUGGAAGUUACUAAAACUCACCUUAGAAGGAGAAGACUUUGUAGAAUUUCAGAAUAAUAUAUGGGAUUUCAUAAAAAAAUCAUCAGUAUUUAAAAGACAAGCUUGUCAUACAUUAGAUGAUGAACGUAGACUUUGCAAUGCUCGAAUUAGAGUCAUAAGGGAUAAUGAAAUUAUGAAUCCAAUAAUUCAUAGAGAAUGGUUUAAUAUAUUAUUUUAUUAUGAUGCUGAUAUACCAAUAAAAAUGGGUGUAAUGGAUGGUAUGGUACCAAGUGCACUAUUUGCUUUAGGUACAAAACAUCAUUAUGAAAUGGCUAUAAAGAUUCAACAGGGACUGUAUUCAUGUAGUUUUGCAUUAACAGAAAUAUCUCAUGGAACAAAUGCAAAAGGUAUGAGGACAACAGCAACAUAUGAUAUGAAAUCGAAAGGAUUUAUUUUUCAUACUCCAGAUUUUGAAGCCGCAAAAUGUUGGAUUGGUGGUUUAGGAAAAACUGCAACACAUUCCAUUGUAUUUGCACAACUGAUUACACCAGAUAAACACAAUCACGGUCUUCAUGCUUUUAUUGUACCAAUUCGAGAUCCAAAAACCCAUAUGCCUUUCCCAGGUAUUAAGAUUGGUGAUAUGGGUAAAAAAAUAGCAGUGAAUGGAGUAGACAAUGGGCUUAUGAUGUUUGAUAAUUAUUAUGUUUCUCGGACAUGUUUAUUAAAUCGAACAGCAGAUGUUACAGAGGAUGGAAAAUAUAUAAUAUCAGUAAAAGAUGAAAGCAAAAGAUUUGGUGCAUCACUAGGUGCAUUAUCGUCUGGUCGUGUCACAAUUACAUCCAUAUGUGCAACUUUAGCGUCCAUUGCAAUAGUUAUUGCUGUACGAUAUUGCGCUGUAAGAAGACAGUUUGGACCGUCCGAAUUUGAAGAAUGGCCAGUUAUAGAAUAUCAAGCACAGCAAUGGCGAUUAUUUCCUAACUUGGCAGCAACAUACGCAAUAAAAAUAUUUUCUGCUGCAUUUAUAAGUAAAAUGUCUGAAUUUCAUUUCAAACUUAUGUCUGGGCAAUAUCAAGAUACUAUUGAUAUUGAAGGUAUGGAAAUACAUGCAUUGUCUUCUGCAACCAAGCCAUUAUGUUCAUGGACUAGUCGAGAUAUUAUUCAGGAUUGUAGAGAGUCCUGUGGAGGACAUGGUUAUUUAAAAACAUCACGUUUGGGUGACUUGAGAGCUGAAAAUGAUGCAACAUGUACAUUUGAGGGUGAAAAUAAUGUAUUAAUUCAACAAGCCAGUAAUUGGUUAUUGAAUCAAUGGUCAAAUGUGCUAAACGGAAAACGCAUCAAUUCCCCAUUAGGAACAGCAAAUUUUGUGCAAGAUGCAAAUCAUAUUUUAGCGCAAAAACUUUCUGAUUCAACAGUUGAUGAUAUACUAAAUCCAGAAAAUUUACUGUUUUCUUUGAAAUGGUUAACAUGUUAUUACUUAAAAAAAACAUAUGAAUGCACACAAGAUUUAAAAAGUAAAGGUUGUGAUGACUUUGAAAUUAGGAAUAACACACAAGUAUUCUUUGCCCAAACCUUAUCUCUAUUAUAUGGACAGCAUGCAGUAAUGAAGUAUUUUGUAGAAUCUGUACAAGAUUCUGCAUGGCAAUCAAAGGAACGAAAUGUAUUAAUGAAAUUAUGUUCACUUUAUGGAGCAGUUAUUUUAGAAAAACGAUUAGCUGAUAUUUAUGCUGGUGGUUACGCAUUGCCUACAAGUGAAAUCGAUAAAGUAGUACGGAAAGGAAUUAUAGUUUUAUGUAAAGAAUUAGUUAAAGAUGCUGUAUCUCUAGUUGAUGUUUUGGCACCACCAGAUUUUAUAUUAAAUUCACCAUUGGGAAUGGCUGAUGGUCAGGUAUAUAAACAUAUUGAAGAAGAAAUUUUUAAAGAUAAGGAAAACUUUGAACGACCACCGUGGUGGAAAGAAAUAAUAAGAUCUAAAUUAUGAUGUGUACAUAUAUAUAACUGUUGUUAUUAUAUUUUUAAUAUUUUUCUACUAUUAAACAGUACACACUAAGACAAUCAAAACUGACUAAAAAAUUUAUACAAAAUCGUAACAAAUAUUUUUACUU